GCCUGGGUCUUGAAGAUGAGUGGGGUUGACACUUGUACAGCAAGUAUCCAUGUUGUGUGGGAGUUCUGUAAGGGAGCUUGUAGCACAGAUCUCUGUUAUGUAGACAUGCUUCUUGGUUGUGUUAUAACUUCUUGCAAUAUAUAAUAGCUGGACAGAGUUCACCUCUCACAGAAUUUGCACAUGCCAGGAAUUUUUUCUCAUUCUCUGUUUGAGACGUUUUCUGUGGUUGCACCUCCUGCUAAAUGCUAGACUAUCACAGGUAUUAUUCCAAGUAUCUACAGAGUAAUCCAGCACCUUUGUGAGAGGAAAUCAGGACCCUUGAAAUUUGCUUGCUUGCCUUGUUUUAUUCGAUGUUCCCUAUCCAAGAAUAUUUUUUGAAAUUAGGUCAGCUGCUUCAAAGUAAACCCUGAAGAGGGAUGAAAGAGCACUGGGUUAUUCUUCCUUAGCAGCAGCAUCUUUUGAAUCUAUGCCAGAUGCAUGAAAAGCACUCUGGACUGUCGCUCCAACUGCCCUGGUGUCCUGGGAAGAGUUUCAGCCUCUUCUCCAACCCUGAAUGAGGCAAAGGCUUCUGGAACAAAUGACACCCACCUUCAUUGCUUGUGGCUACCUCCUUAUGGAGACUCUUCCAGACUGAUUGCAGAACAUCUACCCUGGAUUUCUAAGAACAGACUUUGGAUUGCCUGCCUUUGUGUGAGCAACUGGCUUUUCUUUCCUAAAGUUUUUUUUUUGAGAAUAUGAUGGGUCUGAUCUAGGAUUGUUCCCUUCCUAAAACAUUAACAUGGUCAGCACAUAGGAUUGUGCUUAGCAAAUGGAAUGAAGAGCGUUGGAUUAAAAAUGCUGUGGAAGACGUCACCAUGCUCUGGCUGAGCCCUAACUGGGUACCUGGAACGUGCACAUCUCAUACCUUCUCACUGUCAAAGCUGGGUUUCACAAACAGUGACUCAGAAGAGAAUAAGCCACAGCUGAGAGAAACACAAGGAUUCCCAGUUAAAAGCUUCAUCUGAUUUCUUACAUGUAGAGUAUCAAUGAAAAACUAUAUUUAGAUGCAAUGUUAAAGUACACUUCCGUUAAGAAAACUGAGCCUGUGAACCACCAAGGUAGACCUUGAAUCCAUUUUCCACCGUGUCUUUCCACUUUGGGCUGUUUUCCGCUUCACAUGGAAGAAAAAUCAGUUUCCUUUCCAUAGCCACCUCUGUGCAAACUGAGCUGGGACGGGUGAGGCAGGGCUGGUGCUUUCCUCCUUGGGCUGCAACAUCAGCCAUGCCCAGGGUGAUGGGGGGGCGGUGGGGUCUCCACCAGCAGCGCUGCUGCAGCCAGGGGAGGUGCUUGGUGGUUCCACUGCCAUGAUGUGAUGCUGCGUACAGAGCUGCGGAGGCUUUUACGAUCACUACUUACUAAACGUUUCUGAUGCCGACACAGGAGAAGAGUAAGUUCUGACUCACAGCUCCAAAGGCUGGGUGUCUCUGUAGGGCUGAAAGGUGCAAAAAGCAAGAGUGUUAUUUUUCUAAGUUACUAAGUCACUAAGCUGCUGGGAGAUAUGACCAUGUACACGCAGACAAAGCAGAUCUGGUGAUUAGGCGGCUGGUUUACAGCUUGUUUUCUCAGUGUAAGAAAGUUGCCAGUUAAAACAGAAAAAAAUUCAAAGAUAAUAAAACUACAGUGCCUAAUUCAGUACCACCACUCCCAGCUCCCCGUUAAGCUUAUCAUUUAAACAGACAGCAAUGCUAGUGACCGCUUUGUCUAAUCUGAAAUACCAUACUGUAUUUAUUGAAUAACGUAUCCAUUUAUCAUAUAGGCUUCUUCCUCACUAGCAUUCUGAAUGCUGUUAUCAAAGUGUCUUUACAUCUUUAAAUCUCAUUUAGAGGGAGAGCCACAGCCAAAAUGCUAAUGAGCUCACCUUAAUUGUAAACACUGAGCACUGAUAAGAAUGAAACUCCAUCCUCUGUUCUUAAAGAAGUUCUUACGUGUUUCCUACUUACACUGCUUUUUAUCUGAUUCUCCUUCACUUCUGUUCUUAGGCAGAUUAAUAGGCACCUGAACAGACAAAUAACAGUACUACAUCUUCUUCACAGCCUUUUGACAGACUUCUGAGAUUGCAAAAUAUUUUUGGAAAAUUAUUAUUGGAAAAAAAGAUUACUGAAUGAUCAGGUGGACAGCAAUUUUUAAGGCUGGAACAAACCGUUCCCCCGCAUUCACAGAAACACACCAGUAACUCGUACUUAAAUGCUGAUGGGACAUUUUUUAGAAUGUGAUAAGUGUGAAAUAGCCCAUAGUUUUAUCAGUCUCGGUUGCUGCCCACUCCUGCUAAAAAAAGGUUGAUUGUGAUCAUUAAGUUGCAGGUAGGCAGUGCCUCUGGACUGUAAAAUAGGAAUGUUAGUGCGCAGUGAUGAAAGCAAACUUUGCUCAACACCUGUCUAUAUAUAUUGCAGGUUUCAGUGGCUGCCCAGUUGAUCUGUUCUCUCUGUUGUCUGGGAAUAAAGAAGUGGCACAGAUCAUGGCUCCCUGGCCUGAGGUGGAAAAGCCUGAAACCAAUAACUAUAUUGGGGACUCUUCCAAACAGAACCAGAACAUGGCUGGGAAAGAAGGAGAAAAUCACAAAGGCAAUGUGGCUUCACUUGGAAAUAAAGGAGGAAUCCAACCUGCGUUUUCCACAAUAGCCUUGAUAGAUGAGACAAGGCCGGAAGAAGACGACCCAUGGGCUCUGCCCGAACUGCAGGACACUGGGGUCAAGUGGUCAGAACUGGAUAGAAAAGGAAAAAUCAUUCGUGUACUCUACGGGAUAGGGAAGUUUGUUAUGCUACUUGGACUACUCUACAUGUUUGUGUGUUCUCUGGAUGUACUGAGCUCUGCUUUUCAACUGGUAGGAGGUAAAGCAGCAGGGGAUAUUUUUAAAGAUGAUUCAGUGCUGUCUAAUCCUGUCGCGGGACUGGUGAUUGGAGUUCUGGUGACUGUUAUGGUCCAGAGCUCCAGCACAUCUUCAUCCAUUGUGGUCAGCAUGGUGUCCUCCACGUUGCUGACUGUUAAAUCAGCGAUUCCUAUCAUAAUGGGGGCAAACAUUGGCACCUCAGUUACAAACACGAUUGUGGCACUCAUGCAAGCUGGGGACAGGAAUGAAUUUAGAAGGGCCUUUGCUGCGGCCACAAUCCAUGAUUUCUUUAACUGGCUUGCUGUGUUUGCACUGUUGCCCAUUGAAGUUAUUACUGGCUAUCUUUACCAUCUCACCAGUGUUAUAGUUGACUCCUUUCAGCUUGAAAGUGGUGAGGAUGCCCCUGAGCUACUAAAAGUUAUCACAGACCCCUUUACAAAGCUCAUCAUUGAGCUUGAUAAAUCAGUAAUAAAUGCAAUUGCUACAAAUGAUGAAUCAGCAAAAAACAAAAGCCUGGUAAAGAUUUGGUGUGUAACUGAAAGCAAUGUGACGCUGCAGAAUGUCACAAUUCCGCCUUCAGAAAACUGCACAUCUCCUGACCUUUGCUGGACUGAAGGAAACGUGACAUGGACCAUGAAAAAUAUAACUGAAACAGAAUAUAUCAGUAAAUGCCAGCAUCUCUUUGCAGACGCAGACCUGCCUGAUCUUGCCAUUGGCCUCAUCCUUCUGGCUUUGUCCCUGCUUGUUCUGUGCUCCUGUUUGGUGGCAAUCGUUAAGCUAUUAAACUCUGUGCUUAAAGGACAAGUGGCAAGCAUUAUCAAGAAGACAAUCAACACCGAUUUCCCAUUUCCAUUUACUUGGCUAGCUGGAUACCUGGCUAUGCUUGCAGGAGCUGGUAUGACCUUUGUUGUCCAAAGCAGUUCUGUUUUCACAUCUGCUAUUACACCCCUUGUUGGCAUUGGUGUUAUAAGCAUUGAGCGCUCUUAUCCCCUUACCUUAGGAGCUAACAUUGGCACAACCACAACAGCUAUACUUGCAGCUUUAGCAAGUCCAGGGAGUACAUUGAAAUAUUCAUUGCAGAUUGCCUUGUGCCACUUUUUCUUCAAUAUCUCUGGGAUUAUUCUGUUUUACCCGCUACCUUUUACCCGGCUGCCAAUCCGCAUGUGCAAGACCUUGGGAAACACAACAGCCAAGUACAGAUGGUUUGCUGUAUUUUAUCUUCUCGUCUGCUUCUUUCUUUUGCCUUUGUUUGUAUUUGGUCUGUCACUGGCAGGUUGGGGAGUUCUUUUGGGUGUUUGCCUUCCCCUGUUUGCUCUUUUUAUGGCUGUGGUUGUGAUUAAUAUUAUGCAGUCGAGGCGACCGCAUUCACUGCCUGAGAAGCUCCAAAACUGGGAUUUCCUCCCCGUCUGGAUGCACUCCCUAGAGCCCUGGGACAAUAUAAUUAUGUCUUCACUCGCCUUUUGUGGGAAACACUGCUGCGGCUUCUGCAAGUGCUGCAAAGUCAACGCAGAACAGGAAGGUGCCAAAGACAAGCAACUAAAAACUGUGGAGGUUUAUGAAAACACAAUUGCGAUGUCUGAUGAAGGUGGAAGAAGGGCACCAGCUGCAGCUUGUGUUGAAAAAACAGGCACAAACAACACGGCCUUAUAGUAACAGAUCAACCCAUAUUAGCAGAGGUAGAGCAUAGGACAGUCAGGCUCUUGAAAACCACCUUGGACAAUGCACUGAGGACAGAGUGAAUAUUUUGUUAGGUUCCUGCAGCCAGUGAUAUAUCACUCAUCAAGGAAUGGAGUCAAACAAGCUUGGCAGAGUCCCUAGAAAAUCUAUGAUCAGUUGAAAAGCUAAUGACAGAUUGGCUUACAGAGGAUCUACUAUGUGGUACCUUCAUCCAAUGCUAUUGGUAGCAAACAAAAGAAAUCCUGAUGGAGUCCCAUGAAGAAAGGGAUGAAAGGAGCGGUGAUCAAUUUAAACUUAAUUCAAACAAACAUGCACUUGUAGAACAGCCUUUCUGACCUACUGGCUUGUUCAGCAGAAGUUUAUAAUACCUAAAAGCUCUGGAAAUGGGGGGGGGGAAAAAAAAAAAAAAAAAAAAAAGAAAAAACCCCAAAGAGAAUCCUAAUGUUUUUAUUGGCCUAUUUGCAGUGGUCAAAACAGAAAACAGUAGUUUUCCCAGUAUGGACGAAGUCUAUUUUAUGUGUGAAGGAAAACAAAAUGCUGGGACUUCCUUCAGAAGCUCUGGGAGUCUGACUGCAGCAUAAGGGUGGGCAUAUGCCCAUUUUGAGCCCCCCCAUCUCCUUUAACACCAGAGACAGGAGUUAUAAUCUUUUGUUAUCUCAUGCUAAAGGCCGUAAAAGUAAUUGUGAUCCCUCCGCCUGCUGAAGGUUAAGCACUGGGUUUGGAGCCACUGUGUGGCUACCAAAGGGCUUGAUGCUUGAUGGAUUCAGGAUGUGGUUGUGUGGCCAUUCAUCUCUCUAGACGGUCCUCUCCAAUCCUGUUCAUCAGGUAACCUCACAAUCAGAGGAAUGGUGCAGGAGGGAGGACAAGUGGCCAGCGUAGGGGAGGAGACAGCCACGCAAGCCUGGGCUGACACCAGGAGAUAUGUGUGCAACUGUAGCUCCCUUUGGCUGAGCCACAAAAUGACUUUUCAGAGUAGCGGUGGAGACUGGCUUUAGAGCUACAAAAGAGGGAACCUGGAGAGCAGAUUAUGGCUAGCACAGGAUAUAUGGUAAUGUUUACUGGAUAUAAAGGAGUGUUCACUCUGCACCAUGGCUUUGUGCUCUGAACAACCCUUCUUGGAAAUAAUGUGAAUUUUACUGGCAAUUGCAUGUAGCAAUCCAAAUCCCAAAUAAAAUCCUUAAGUAGUGUAGUCACUACCAUGUGUAGUCAAUCCAUAGGUAGUGUAGCACUUGGGUGGGAAGCUGCUUGUGCUCGCAUCUUACCAUUACUGAUGUUUUAGUAAAUGCUUGUGAGGCUGCUUUGAAUCAUGGGCUACAAAAGGCUUAAUUUCAAUGUCAGAAAAAGAGCAUUUCAAAGUUGCACCGAGUACUUCUGCUGGCCUUCAGUAGUUUAGAUAUCAGCAAGUGUGGGAUAAUAUCCAAAGUCUAAUCUCUAACAUUAAAAUAAAAUCAGGUGGCUGAGUGUAGGCCAAGUGUCAUGUAAAGCCAGUUUAUGUGGCUGAGCUGUAGAUUAAAUUUGCAAUGGAAAUGCUGAGAAGACCCUUAGUUUAACAUAGCCACUCAGUGCUGCUAAAACACAUUUACUUCUGAAUAGUUGUUUAUUUUCUGCAAAGCUGUGGAAUUCAGUAGGUUGAAUUUGGCUAUCAGGUAAAUAUGUACAUUUAGAAUUGACAAUUGUUUUCAUUUACUUUUUUAAACUGGCAAACUAUGUUGCCGAAAAUGUGUUUGCAAAUUGCAUUCAUACUGAGAUUCCAACUACUUCUGUAAUUGUGAGCCAGUGACAAAAUGCUUAGAAUCAGAGUGAAUUUCCAAAAGCAUCAAGUUUUGGUAUAGUUCUGCUCUUUUAGGGUUUGGUAGUAGCAGAGAGCAGAGUUAUGCCAAACUAUUCUUCUAAAAAUUAUUUUCCUUGUCCUUCACAUAGUUGAAACAGAAUUUUGUCAGCAUCUCAUUUUUAAAGUGGAAUUUUGAUAUCUUCGAUAAUUCUUCAUUUUAUUCUCACAGUUCUGGAUGCUUUCACAAUCUGUUUCUCUAAAUCCCAGCAUGCAUUUCCCGUGCUCUGUUUCUUUGGGAAAAAUAUAAGAAAAAUAACUUGGAAAGAAUUCCGGAUAUCUCAAGUUUCCAUUGACCACCCGUUGACCACCCAUUGAAACAGGAAACAUUUGAAUCUACUUUUGCUGAUGUCUUGAGCAAUGUGCACCUUACUUUGUAUCUUGAAAUAAAGCCGUCAAGCACAGUGAUAGUAUCUGUGGGAAAGCAGUUCUUUCUCACAAAAGAAUCAGGGUAAUAAUUAAUAGUCAGACAUAUCAUUACUUCAUGAUUCCUCAUUGUAACGUUUCCCCUACAAUCUCUUCUGUUCUUACUCUCCUCUGUCCUUGCUCCAGGCCAUAUUGUACCAUUGUGUUAGGCAGAUGGCAACAAAGAUUUCUGUUUAACACUUGACAGCACAACAUGUUCUGGCAUUAUUUCCCCCCCUACUCUUCCCAAAAGAUAUUUACACUUUAUUUAUAAUUAUUUGAGUGUACAGAAUUUUUCAUAAGUUAUACAGAAAAAGGCUCAUGAUUGUGUUAUAUAUUCCAUAUUUGAAAACUAUGCAAUGUUUAUCUAUAAAAAUGUAAAAAGUAACUACUGUAUAUUUUGUAAUAUAACUUUUCAAAUUGUUUGUAACUGUGUAUACUGCAUAUUAUGGAGGCUGUUGGCUCCAUCAAUAGGUUACGUCAAGAUUGUUAGCAAUGCAGAGACAGAUUUCUUAAAGCAAAGAUGAAACCCACCUACAUACUUUCAUAAUAUGGCUUAAUGCACAAGGAUAUUGAACUCUACUUUUCUAAAGAUUUGAAUUUUCUGUAAUGAGGAAUUUUGGAAAUACAAGGUUCCUAAAAUACUUUUUUAAACUCUUAAACACUGUAUCUUUUAACUGUUUUGAGGACAGUAUAUGGCUUUAUACUUUGUCAUGAAUAUCCAUCUUGUCUGUCCUCGUGCACUGAAUGUAAAAAUAAAGAGAAGUUUUACAAAAAUAGGAUGUAUUCAUAAUAUCUGUUUAUAUACGUGUUGUGGAAGCUUGCAGAAAAUUAAGUAUGUAGACAGUUCUAGCCUGAGCUGAUGCAAUGUACAAGAAAUUAAGUUAGCAUCAAGCACUAAUGAAAACCACCACAGACCUCUGUGUCCAACAUUUUCAUAUGAAUGACAGAUUUUCUUA